GAAGAAUUGUUGAAUAAUUUUCUUGCAUUGCUGUAUGCAGGGUUAGAAAGCUCUCGGAUUUCAUCAGAAUAUCUUAAUUUGUUUUCUAAAGACGAACGAAGGUCUUACGGGUUUGGAACUACAUGACGUGCGGAGUUUGACAAAACAAGCCACGCAGCUGAACCACGUCCAAAACCACAGCCCUAUUUGCUUCUCAAAUCCAGUUCGCUGUUCAAAUCCCCAAAUCCCACCCCGAGGAGUUUGGGAAUCUGCAUAUAAACGCCUUCUCGGCCAAGAAAAACGAGGGGUGACGGGACGAAAAGAGCCAUGGCAUCUUUGGGGUUGCAGAUUUUAGGAGUUGCCCUGUCGUUUGUUGGGUUGCUGGGGUCUAUCAUAACCUGCGCCCUUCCUAUGUGGAGGGUUACAGCUUUCAUCGGCAACAACAUCGUGACGGCGCAGAUGGAGGGACUGUGGAUGUCCUGUGUGGUUCAGACCACGGGGCACAUGCAGUGCAAAGUGUACGAUUCAUUGCUCGCCCUGUCCCCGGACCUGCAAGCCGCGCGCGCUUCGCUCGUGCUCUCUGUCUUCGGCAUUCUCCUGGCUGUCGUAGGAGGCAAAUGCACCACCUGCAUCGAGAACAAAACCUCCAAGGCAAGAGUUGUCAUAUCUGCAGGGGUGUUUUUCAUCAUUAGUGGACUGCUGUGUCUCACACCCGUCUGCUAUUCGGCGCACACCAUUAUCCAUGGUUUCUACCACCCGCUCCUGUCUGACGUGCUGAGACUGGAGCUCGGGGCGUCGCUCUACACGGGCUGGGGCGCCGCGGGGCUGCUGCUCACCGGCGGAGCGAUACUGUGCUGCCAGUGCCCCCAGAAAGACCAACGAGCAUUCGCCCCCAAAUACACAGCACCGAAAUCAAACGCCUCGGAAAAAGAAUAUGUAUGAAGAACAUUUAAAACAACAUCCAAACUUUUGCUUUUCAUUUGUAUUGACACGUUUUAAAUAAUGAACAAAAAAUGUUAUAUUUUGACAGUAUGGACAGUUUAUCCAGUGGUAUAACCUAGCUAGCUGUAUGAAUGUACGUUUAGACAGAUUUAAUAUAUAACUUUUUUUAUAGAAAGUUUUUUGUUGUUGUUGUUAAAAUACGUAAUAAAUAAAAGUAAAAAUAGCCUAUAAAUUAAUUAAUCGCUAUAUUCAAACAAUGGUCAACACAUGCUCAUUUUUGUCUUUUCCUUUUAAAAUGCAGUAUUAAUAUUACAAAUGCAGUAUUAUUCAAACAAAAAUGACUUAUUACCACCUCUUAAAUGAUUAACAAGUUUUCUGCCGUCUGAAAUGUACGCUUAAAGUA